AUGUCCCCCUCUGCUAUCAGCGACAACACCCCCGAGCAGCGCCCUGCCGCCAACGGCACCACCCCGGACAGCCUCGCCAUCCAGGCUCCCGCCGACUUCACCGGCUAUGACCACGUAACGUGGUGGGUGGGCAACGCCAAGCAGGCGGCGUCCUACUACACGACGCUCUUCGGCUUCGAGACGACGGCGUACCGCGGGCUCGAGACGGGCAGCCGGUACUUUGCGUCGUACGUCGUGUGCUGCAACGGCGUCCGCUUCGUCUUCACGUCGCCGCUGCGGUCCGAGGUGCACCUCCCCGCGGACGAGCCCAUCACCGACGCCGAGAGGAAGCUCCUGCGGGAGAUGCACGCCCACCUCGAGCGGCACGGCGACGCCGUCAAGGACGUCGCCUUCGAGGUCGACAACGUCGAGGCCGUGUACAGCAAGGCCGUCGCGGAGGGCGCCGUCGCCGUCCAAGGCCCGACGGUGACAAAGGACGAGCACGGCUCCGUCACCACGGCCGUCAUCUGCACGUACGGCGACACCACGCACACGCUCAUCAACCGCCGCGACUACAACGGCCCCUUCCUCCCCGGCUUCCGCGCGGGCAACAAGCGCGCCUCGUCCGUGGCCCUGCCCGACGUGCCGCUGGCCCGCAUCGACCACUGCGUCGGCAACCAGUCGUGGAACGAGAUGGUGUCCGCGUGCGCCUUCUACGAGCGCUGCCUGUCCUUCCACCGCUUCUGGUCCGUCGACGACUCCCAGAUCUGCACCGAGUUCUCCGCCCUCAACUCCAUCGUCAUGUCCUCCCCCAACAACCUCGUCAAGAUGCCCAUCAACGAGCCCGCCCCCGGCAAGAAGAAGUCCCAGAUCGAGGAGUACGUCAUCUUCAACUCCGGGCCGGGCGUGCAGCACAUUGCGCUCCUCACGCCCGACAUCAUCUCGUCCGUGUCGGCCCUGCGCGCGCGCGGCGUCGAGUUCAUCAACGUCCCGUCCACCUACUACGACACCAUGCGCCAGCGCCUCAAGACGGACAAGCGCAACUGGCAGCUCAAGGAGGAUCUGGACACCAUCCAGCGGCUCAACAUCUUGAUUGACUACGAUGAGGCCGGGUACCUGCUGCAGCUGUUUACGAAGCCGCUGAUGGACCGGCCGACGGUGUUUAUCGAGAUUAUCCAGAGGAACAACUUUGAGGGCUUUGGCGCGGGCAACUUUAAGAGCUUGUUUGAGGCCAUUGAGCGGGAGCAGGCGGAGAGAGGCAACUUGUAA